AUGUUCAGCUGUCAACACUACGGCUGCACCAAAACGUACACCAAACAGUGCAGGCUGGGGGAACAUGAGCGGAUACACACAGGGGAGCGUCCCUUUGUGUGUGAUGUGGAUGGGUGCGACAAGUCCUACUACCGAGCGUCGCAUCUAGAGCGGCAUCGCGUACAAGUACACGCUGGGUCACAUCCAUUUAUGUGUGAGAUAGACGGCUGUAAUUCGCGCUACGGAGAUGCGCACUCACUUAAUCGGCACAUAAAGAGUCAUGGUGUCGCUAAGACCUAUACCUGUACGAUAUGUAGCUGUGUUUUCACCAAGCAUAGUGCAUUGAGAUCGCAUAUGGCAUUACACACGCACGUGAAACCGUUUCCUUGCACUGUAAAGGACUGUGGGAAGAGCUUCCUGACCCGGGCGAAGCUGAUGCGCCAUGACAAAACUCACAACUUUG